AUGACCCGGCUGCUGCUGGAGUACGGCUCGGAUGUGAAUGCGAGCAGCUGCACGGCCGACAUGGCUCUGCACAUUGCGGUCCAGCGGGGCCGCCUGGACUGCGCCAUGGUCCUGCUGACACACGGCGCCCACACCAACGCCCGGGGACGCGAUGGCAACACACCGCUGCACCUGGCCAUGAAGCAUGACCACCUGGAUAUGAUCAAAGCAAUCAUUGUCUUUGGAGGAGAUGUUGAGGUCCCGAAUGAUUUUGGGGAGACACCAGGAUUGUUGGCAGCCAGGAGCAGCAAAGGUGCAAACCGGAAAGUGCUCUUAGACCUGCUGCAAACUGUAGGGACCGAACGCUGCCACCCACCUCCCAACACUGACUCCCCAGGCCUGGAAUCAUCUGCUGUCUCCUUCCUGGAAGGCCAGCCUUCCUCACGGAGCAACCUCAACAGCUUAGGUAAAGCCUUCCCUGGCCCUCCCUCACUCUUCUCCCUUCUUGCUUCACAGUGCUGUCUCAGAUCUCUUCUUCAGAUGAGCCAUGCUCUGGGAAUU